GAGGAAAGAAGAAAGAGAAGAGAUUGCCUAGUGCCCUUCAUCUUCCUGCCCUGAGUCCAUCUCAGCACUCCUCAAAUAAUUGAACUGCUCCAAACUGCUGUAUAAUUCACCUGUUUAGUCCUUCAGUGUACAAUUGUGGUCCAAGCCUCUCAAGAGAGAGUUGGAGGAAAGCUCUACCUGCAGACUUUGACAGGUCACAGUGAAGAGCCUUUUCAAAAUGGACAGUUCAUCCACAGAAAAUAUUCAGUUGUUCUGCAAAAAUUCGGCGCAUCCUGUUGAGAGACCAUCUUUCAAAUCAGAAUAUUCAUCCUCAGAGAAAAAACAGUCAUGCUGUGGGGAACUAAAGGUGUUUCUGGGUGCCCUGUCUUUUGUCUACUUUGCCAAAGCCCUGGCAGAAGGUUAUUUGAAGAGUACCAUCACUCAGAUAGAGAGGAGGUUUGAUAUUCCUUCUUCACUGGUGGGUGUCAUCGAUGGUAGUUUUGAAAUUGGGAAUCUCUUAGUUAUAACAUUUAUUAGCUACUUUGGAGCCAGACUUCACCGGCCAAAACUCAUCGGAGGAGGAUGCCUAAUCAUGGGGGUUGGAACACUGCUGGUCGCCAUGCCCCAAUUCUUCAUGGAACAGUACAGAUAUGAAACAUAUUCUCCUUUCUCCAAUUCUACACUCAACCUAUCUCCAUGCCUCUCAGAGUCAGACAAGAAAUUCCAAAUCUCAGUUAUUGAAAAAUUACAAUCUAAACAAAAUAAUGAGUGUGAAAUUGAUGCCAGCUCUUCCAUGUGGAUAUAUGUUUUCUUGGGGAACCUCCUUCGAGGAAUAGGGGAGUCUCCCAUACAGCCACUAGGCAUUGCCUACCUGGAUGAUUUCACCAGUGAAGAUAGCGUAGCUUUCUAUAUCGGAUGUGUCCAGACAGUUGCAAUUAUAGGACCAGUCUUUGGCUUUCUGUUAGGCUCAUUAUGCGCCAAACUGUAUGUUGACAUUGGCUUUGUAAACUUAGAUCACGUAACCAUUACUCCAAAGGACCCCCAGUGGGUAGGUGCCUGGUGGCUUGGUUAUCUAAUAGCAGGGGUCAUAAGUCUUCUAGCAGCAGUGCCUUUUUGGUGCUUACCAAAGAGUCUACCAAGACCUCGCAGUAGAGAAGGUUCCAGUUCCUCCUCUGAGAAAUCCAAAUUUAUAAUAGAUGAUCACACUAACUUUCAAGUACACCAAAGUGAAAAACCCAAACUGAUAGAGAUGGCAAGAGAUUUUCUCCCAUCACUGAGAAAUCUUUUGGGAAAUCCUGUGUACUUCUUGUAUUUGUGUGCCAGCACCCAUUCAGUUCAAUUCUUUAUUUGGCAUUGGUGACAUACAAACGCCAAGUACAUCGAGAGGCAGUAUGGGCAAUCAUCCUCCAAGGCUAACUUUGUUAUUGGACUAAUAAACAUAACCUGCAGUGCCUUGGGAAUAUUCUCUGGGGGAAUUAUUAUGAAAAAGUUCAGAAUUGGGGUCUAUGGAGCUGCCAACUCUAAUUGGGAUCAGCUUUCUUUGGUUACCAUCCUGUUCCUGUCCUUGUUUGCACUGGGCUGUGAAAAUUCUGAUGUGGCAGGACUGACCGUCUCCUACCAAGGAACCAAACCUGUCUCUUAUCAUGAACGAGCUCUCUUUUCAGAUUGCAACUCAAGAUGCAAAUGCUCAGAAUCAAAGUGGGACCCUAUGUGUGGUGAGAAUGGAAUCACUUAUGCAUCGCCUUGUUUUGCUGGUUGCCAAAGCUUCUCCAGGAGUGGAAAAACCAUUAUAUUUUAUAACUGUACCUGUGUGGGAACUUCAACCACUCAUUCAGGAAAUUCUUCAGGCAUGGUGGGCAGAUGCCACAAAGAUAAUAAUGGAUGUCCCAAAAUGUUUCUAUAUUUCCUUGUAAUCUCAGUCAUCUCCUCCUAUACUUUAUCUCUAGGUGGCAUACCUGGAUACAUACUGCUUCUGAGGUGCAUAAAGCCAAAGCUUAAGUCUUUUGCCCUGGGCAUCUACACAUUAGCAAUAAGAGUUCUUGCAGGAAUCCCAGCUCCGGUAUACUUUGGGGUUUUGAUUGAUACUUCAUGCCUCAAAUGGGGAUUUAAGCCAUGUGGAAGUCGAGGAUCCUGCAGAUUGUAUGAUUCCAAUGCAUUUAGACACAUUUAUCUGGGACUAACUAUGAUACUGGGAACAAUAUCCAUUUUUCUAAGUGUUGCAGUACUUCUCAUUUUAAGAAAAAAUUGUGUCUCAAAACACAGAAGCUUCAGAACCAACAGAAAAAGAGCAAUGGUAGCAACAAGAGUCAAGAUCGAAAGUUGUACUACAGGUGAUCAUUUGCUACAAUCUAAUUCCUGGCCAGGCAAGGAAACCCAGCUUUAGGAGAAUAAUAAUUUGAAGCCGACUUUUAAAUUCUGGGAAUUCCACCACCAACUUUAAUCAAAACGGUAUUAAAUGUAUAAAUUCGUUCUCAUUUUUAAAUGUUUUUAAUUUUUUAAAUCCUAAGUAGUAUAUUAUAUACCUGGUAACAAAAAUAAUUCA